AUGGCUUCACUGGAGCCACCGGAACCGGGCAAGAAGCUGGAGAUCAAGAUAUCGCAUGAGACAAACUUAGGAACCUAUCUCGGGGCAGGAUAUGACGCCCAGAAGGAAAUAGACAAUCUAUAUCAGGCUCUCCAGAUGGCACGAAAGGAAUUGGCAAGGUUUAUAGAGCACCAUGACGAGUAUGGAACUGGCCGCUCAACUGGUGUCCUCUUCCACCUCCCAAAGGACCAACAGCGAGUUGGCCGAGCUGCGGGCAUGGCAUUUAUAACAGCAGCCGCGAUUCAAGCGACACGGAAUGUGAUUGAGGCCUUGGUAUUGCCGGAAGCUGCUUCACUUCUCGACAAGCCUGGCCAUCGCUCACAAACGGCCUGUGACAAGUUGCCUCGAAUCUGGUGGAUUCCCAUAGGGGCCAAGCCUGUGUCGACCAUGAUUGACCAAUGUUUGCAUCUCUCGCCGGUUCCUGAUCGUCAUCGGUACCUUAUGGCCUGUGUGUCUGACGCUGAAAAAGUAGCGGUCGCCCAAGCUUUCUCUUCCCACAUGGCCAGCGCGGAGAUGGCUCAUGAGGCCGUUGCAUGGUCUCUCGACAAUAUUACAACACGUGAUCCAUUAGAGGGGGCUUCGGAAACAGCAAAUAAGCAAAGGCUGUAUAAUUGGGCUGCGCAUAUUUAG